AUGGAGACUACUAGGAGUCUGGGAUUACUGGUGGGAUGUCGAUUCGAGCCAUAUGAAGCGGAGCUCUUGGCUCACUAUCUUUACAACAAGGUAAACGGUUUACCACUUUCUUCCAACGCAGUGAUUGAGUGUGAUCUUUAUGGAGAGGAAGAAAUAUGGCGGAAGCUCUUCGACGAAACGGGUGAAACAAGUCUCUACUUCUUCACCGAGUUGAAGAAGAAGACAGGGAAAGGUUCGCGCGUAGAGAGGAUGUCAUCGGGAGGCUGCGUUACGUGGAGAAACCAGAGCAAUAAGGUUAUCUGUGUUAAUGAUAAUGAACCAAACAAAAUUGUUAUUGGGUAUAAGCGAAUGUUCUCAUAUGUUCCCAAAAAGACGUCCACCAUAGCAAAGGGAGAAUGGGUCAUGCAUGAGUUUUGGCUUGCUGGGUGCCUUGUCAACAACAACAACCAACCAUCUUUGAUCAAUUAG